CCUAGCUCCAGCCUGCUAGGUCCUGUGGCUGGCUGCAGCCCAGACAGCCGCAGCUGCUCAAGCCAGAGGAUCGACUUCCUUCCCAACCCCCACGCAGCCUCUGGAGAGAGGGACAGAGUGGAUGCAGGGGCUUGGGCAGGCACCUCUGAACAGGCCCCUCACAGCUCCAGCUCCUUGCCUACUGCUUGGAUAUCUCAGAGGCUGCUGUUGCCCCCUCCUUGACCUUAGCCAUGAGGCUGGCCAAGGGGGCCAAGAACUCUGUGUUCUAUGGGCAGCAGCCAGAGGAGAAAGUUCAGGUGCCCUCAUGGCAGGAGGUAAAGCAGACCCCUGUGAUCAUGGCAAUGAUCAAAGGUCCGGGCCCUGCCAGGUACCUCCGGCCGUCCUGCACGGGCUACAUCGACCAUGACAUCUCCAUGUUCCAGGAGCCAGCCUACAGCCUGCACACUCGGCACUCGGAGAAGCAGGUCACGGACAUUCGCAGCCCUGAGCCUCACUAUUUCUUCGAUCCAAGAAUAACUCGGUUUGGAAUGUCCAGCUGCCCACAGGUCCCUAUGGAAGAGCGCAUCUCUAACCUGCGCCUGAGCCCCACCCCGGCCUCUUGCCAUUACGACUUAGAGAAGACCCACCCACCUGGGGAGCGCAGGGCCCCCCGGUAUGCUUUCGGCUACCGGUGCCCAUACCGAGUGAUGGACCCCAAUCCUGCCCCCAACAAGUACAAGCUGCCACUCUUGCUGGGGCCCAGUAACCCUGUCAGCCGAGCUGCUCCUUGCUAUAGCCUGGCGUCUGAGCACAAGAAUUGGUUCUACAAGGAGGACGUGGCAGGAGGCCCCGGGCCGGCCGCGCACUCCCAGCCCGAACCCUCUGUCUACCAGAACCGCAGCCCCGUCUACAGCCUGGCCAGGCGCUGUGCCUACCCGAUGGACCACAUGCCUCGGCCGGGCCCCGGCUCCCACGACGUCCAGAAGGUCACGGUGCACAAGCCCCGCACGCCUGCUUUCACCAUGGGCGUCAAGCACUCGCCCCACCUGUGUCCGCUGGUCAUCGACAUUCGCGACUAAGGCCCCUCCUGGGGCACUCACCCACCCCUCCCCACAGAAGUUAUUUUUCUGUACCGAACUGAGCCAUUUACUGAGGUUUUGAGUAGCAGAGU